GCUUUGUAAAAUAUAAAAGAUGGGUCGAGUUGGAAACAUCUUCACUCUCGUCUCUUCUCUGUCUCCAGUUAAGCAGCAGAACCUUCCAAUAUCUAAAAAAAUGAAAUUCAUCAUCGCUCUUGCUUUCUUGGCCGUGGCACUUGCUGCACCUCAAGGAGAUAAGAAGCCCAUCGAAAUUGUGUCAUCCAACAGCGAAAUGAACGCCGAUGGCAGUUACUCCUUCAAUUUCGAAAGCGCUGACGGAACUAAGGUUCAAGAAAGUGGAAGCCAGAAACAAGUUGGACCUAAACCCGAGGAUAUCGGCACCGUUUCCAAGGGAUCUUAUUCCUACACUUCCCCUGAUGGCGUCGUCAUCACCGUCAACUGGGUUGCAGAUGAGAACGGUUUCCAGGCUACCGGUGACCAUUUGCCCACUCCUCCCCCGAUGCCCGCUCACGUCGUCAAGCUCCUUGCUGACUUGAAAGCUGCCGGUGCUUUGUAAACAAUUCAAUUUCAGUUUUUCAAUUUUGUACGUAUGUCCAUACUGCCCACGAUUUCUUACACUUCCCUGAAAAUACAGCAUAAAUUUUGUCA